AUGGAGGAGAAACAUUUACUUUAUUUCAUUGAUACUGGGGCCAUUGAAAUCUGUUGGGACGAAAUUGAGCUAUACUCGGAUAACGACGACGAAUUGGCAAAAGUCAGAACUGCGAUUGAAACAGACCACUGGGAGACUGGUUUGAAAAAGUAUGAAUCUGAAGCAAAGGAACUGACAAUCAUGGGUAGUAUGCUGUACAAAGGAGAUAGAAUAGUUCUUCCUGAACAGUUAAGACUGAAAGCGAUCAAAUCUGCACAUCAAGGUCAUAUGGGAAUUGGAUCAACUAAAAGAAUACUAAGGCAGCAUUUCUGGUGGCCAGGAAUGAACAAAUCAGUUGAGGCCUUUAUCAAGAAAUGUGAGACAUGUCUGUUGCUUUCAAAGAAAAAUCCACCAAUUCCACUCAGCAGUAGAGAACUCCCAAAUGGCCCUUGGGAAAUACUUCAAAUAGAUUUUUUCUCUGAUAAAGAAUUUGGAUUUGGAGAAUUCCUGGUGGUAGUUGAUAUCUACUCAAGAUAUCUGCAUGUUAUGGAAAUGCGACACAUCGACACCGAAUCAACUAUCGCUGCAUUGAACAAAAUAUUCGCGGUUUGGGGCUACCCUCUAGUUCUACAAAGUGACAACGGUCCCCCGUUUCAAAGCGAUGCUUUCGUCAGGUCCUGGGAGAACAGGGGAAUAAAGGUUCGGAAAUCGAUUCCCCUAAGCCCGCAGUCUAAUGGAGCUGUUGAGCGUCAAAAUGAAGGGAUAAAGAAAGCAUUGGCAGCAUCCAGAUUAGAUAAUGCGAACUGGAAGACUGCUCUGAAUAAUUACGUUCAUAUGCAUAACAAAGUACGGCCAUUAACUAGGCUCGGGGUAACACCAUUCGAGCUACUAGUUGGCUGGAAGCAUCGGGGAUUUUUUCCAAGCCUGUGGAGAUCCGAUAGCCAACUAGAGGUGGAUCGUGAAGAAGUCAGAGAAAAUGAUGCACAUUCUAAGCUUGUAAGCAAGAAAUAUGCAGAUUUUCGUCGAGGAGCAAAGCAAUCUGAUCUUGUCGUCGGAGAUAAAGUUGUCCUGCUACAAUUGAAGCGAACAAAAUCAGACCCAACAUUCGGGGCCGAGAAGUUCACUGUUAUUGCCAGAGACGGGGCAAAGUUAAUUGUUAAAAGCGAUCGUGGGGUCGUGUAUUCUAGAAACGUAGCAGAUGCGAAACGGGCUAUCGAUGACGAAGGGUUUACACAACAGAAUCAAAGCCAUAUUCCAGAUGACGCGCAAACCUCAUCGACAAACUUUCCGUGGCAAAGUCCUGAAAUUCAACUUUUUGCGGAUCACCGAAAUUCAACAGAAUCAGAAGAAAACAAAGGUUCUGAAACAGAUAAAACCUCUGGAGCGCAAGGAUUGAAUAACCAGCUAGACCAUGACGAUUUCAUCCAUUCUCGUCCAAGUCGAAUCAAGAAAGUGCCCGAAAAGUUGAAGGAUAUGAUAUUAUUCAACGUAUAUCAAUAA